AUGUGGGAAAUACGAGACUGGGCAAUAUUAGGAACAAGUUUAAGUUCAAUAAUUGUUCUUCUCAUCAACUUUGUAACUGACAAUUUCUUCCCACAUGGUUAUCUACAUGAACUCAAAGAACAAUACAUAACGCCGCAUUUCAAUCGUUUGACAAAACAUUAUGCAAAAAUCAGCAUUGAUGAAUACCCAGCUGAUCAACUCAUUGAUCAGAAAAACCAAUCUUACACCUACACUGAAGCUUAUCUUAGUACAAUAGGGAUCAAAAGUGCAAUGCAGCUCAAGGCGUUUACUCCAAAGAAUAGCAGCAGCUUUCUUUUGACUAUGGUUGAUUAUGAGAUGAGUAUAACUGAUGAGUAUUAUGGAACUAAAUUUUCGUGGAAGUUAACUAGUGCUAAAGACUUCGGAAAGCCACGGAAACACGACGAAGAAUACAAAAGGCCACGGCGGUCUUUAACGCUUUCAUUCCGUAAGCAGGACCGGCUGUUGGUUACCGACUAUUAUCUGAAUCAUGUAAUGGAGAAAGGGAAGGAAGUCUUAGCCAAAAACCAGCAGAGGAAGCUUUACACUAAUCACAGUAGGGAUGAUUAUGAGGAAGAGCUGUGGGGUCAUGUAGUGUUUAAUCACCCUGCAUCAUUUGAUACUCUAGCAAUGGAUGCAGCAAAGAAGGCGGAUAUUAUGGACGAUCUCAUUGCAUUCAGCAAAGCUAAAGACUAUUAUGCAACGACUGGUAAAGCGUGGAAACGUGGGUAUCUUCUAUACGGUCCGCCGGGUACCGGCAAGUCUUCUAUGAUCGCUGCAAUAUCUAAGUUCAUGAAUUAUGAUAUCUAUGAUCUCGAGUUGAAAGCAGUGAAACGUGGCAACAGUGAACUGCGAAAGCUCUUGCUUGAUACGUCCGACAGGUCGAUUAUUGUGAUUGAAGAUAUCGAUUGCAACAUGGCACUUACAAACAAGCGCAAGACGAAGAAGAAAAAUGAGAGCAAGGAAGAAAAAUCGCGUAGGAAACGUCUGGCAGAGAUUUACGGAGACCAGGAAGUAACUCUCUCAGGACUGCUGAAUUUCAUUGAUGGGUUAUGGUCAAGUACUGGCGGGGAAAGAUUUAUCAUUUUUACUACCAACCAUGUCGAGAAAUUGGAUCCUGCACUCAUUAGACGUGGUCGCAUGGAUAAGCAUAUUGAGAUGUCAUAUUGUUGCUUUGAGGGGUUCAAGAUAUUGGCUAAGAACUAUUUGAAAAUUGAUGAUCACCCAUCGUUUGAGAAGAUUCGUUGUAUGAUCGAUGAGGCGAAGAUCACUCCUGCUGAUGUUGCUGAGAAUUUGAUGCCUAAAACUGUUAAUGGAGGUGACCACUCUGAGGUUUGCCUGGGGAAUUUGAUUACUGCACUUGAAAAAUCAAAAGAAGAUGCAGCAAGACGGGAAGCUGAAAAGCUAUUAGAAGAAGAAGAGGAAUCAUCAGAAGAAGAAUCAGACGAGGAAAAGGAUGAUGACUUGUGA